AUGAUCGUACUUAACCAGCCAUACAAUGUUAUCGGCGGUGAUCAUACGCAAGGCGGAGAAGGAAACUAUGGCUACGAUGAAACUUACGGCGGCGGUGAAGACCAUGGCGGCGAUGAAAACUAUGGGGGCGGCGCUGUCGACCCUUCCAUCACCGCUGACAACCUCGAUCCGGAUUUCUUCUUGCAUGAGGUCAGCGACGCAGCCAAGGACAAGAACGCAGGCACGAUCACAGAGGAUCAGUACAACAACUUGAUCGAGUUCAUGGUCCACAUCCGGAGGGCUCUCGACUAUGUCGACUUAUCACAUGACGGCUCACUUGAACACGCCACGCAGGUGUUCACCAACGUGAUAGACGAGAUCCAGAUGCCCAACCUCGGCCAGUUUGAAGGCAGCUCCGUCACAGGCGCGGUCGAGACGUUGUCGCAACAUGGGCACUGUCGCUUUCUCUUUGCUCUGUUCGUUGCGAUAUACGAAAAUGCAGACAUGUCAGAUUUGCCUGACCUGCAAGCCACUCUGGCAGAGGUCGUGGCCAUCGUCACGGGGGAAUCCCAGCACACGGGCAACGAGAAUGCAGGCGAUGGUGGCGAUGCAGUACCUGUAUCGGCUGGUAUGCAUCUCCCAACUACAAUUCUGAAUUAUACGAAACAUCCAGGCGCAACAGGCGCAGCAGGCGAUCCAGCAACUGCAGCGGUUGCUCUGGAUCCGGCAACUUUGUUUUCCAGUUAUGCGGAUUACUCGGGCGUGACAGGCACGGCUGGCACGGCUGGCUCAUGA